UAAAUCCGGUCCUGGGCCCACCCACAUCGUUGCUGCUUAGUAUAACCUAUUAUUCAUGGAAUUUGAAUCCUGAACUUUAUAGUCCAUUUCUGUUGAUUCAUCAUACUUCGGCUUGACAGGUUGUGACAGAAGACCUGAAAGACCUUCCUCGACAUAGAAACUUCAUCCCAACCAAGAAUUCCACCAUUAGAAGCAUGAAACAGAACAAGAUGAAGUUCACUCUGUUUACUGCUAUUCUUUUCUCUAUGGGGUGGAUGAGUAUUGAAGGAUCAGUAGAGGAUGGACGUACACCAAGUUGCUGUUUAAAAGUGUCAGACACCAAAAUUCCAGUUGAAGACAUUGUGAAUUAUUCUAUGCAAACUGCACCGCUAUGUCCUAUCAAAGCAGUAAGAUUUCACACCAAGAGAAACAAAACUAUUUGUUCAGAUCCAAAUGACAGUUGGGCUAAGAAAGCAAUCAAGUCGGUGGAUAGUAGAAAGAAACUGACAAAGGAAUCUUCCAAAGAGCCUUGUACAGCAAACUUGAUCCCAACUACACCUACAGCACAAGGAAGGAUCACCACUGGGGGAGAUGGGUGUUCAGUAAGCUCCUGCCAUUCCACAAAACAAACUGGUCACAUUCCGUUCCAUCUCAUGAGAUCUUUAAAGUCUCGUAACAAGAAAAGGCUCCGCAAGAUUCAAAUGGGGAAUUGAUUUUAAGAAUGAGUGAGCUAAAUACUCUAAAGUUUUUACUUUUCUGUCUUACGGUUUUAAAAAUUAUUUUUUGAAAACUUAUAUAUACACAGUGUAUACUGAUGUUAUCAGGAUGGCUGAAUGACUUUUAAAUAUGAUAAAUGUAUAAGGUGACUAUAAUGAAAAAUCAACAAAGUUUUCACUCUAAUGUUUGUCUCUAUUGUGCCAUGUAAAAUCAUUUUAUUAAUGAUUUAAUAAUGACUGUAUGUAUUGUUUUAAUAUACAUACAACUUGCUCAUAUUGUUUUUGCGUGUAUGGUUCUGACAUAUCAAGUUCAGAAUAAAUUCAUUUCAUUUAUACGGAACAAUUGGCUAGCAAUG